ACUUACACAGCGCGGUAGUUCCUGAUUUAGCACAGGCGGGACUGUUUGUGAACCCAUCUAAAAAGCCACUCACCCUCAUGUAAAACCAACCCCCUGUGGGCGACAGCACGCCGACAGCAUGCAUGAGAUAUGCCCUUUGCAAGCAGCAUUGCCCUGGCCCUGGUUGAGCAGUUUCUUUCCGGCCCGAUGACCAUCUCCAGAUGCCCCUUCGCUGUGACGUCGAGAAGCAAACAUCGACGCAAACAAGAAGCAGGGGACUUGUUCGUCUGGAAGGAUUCGCCAACAUCAGACCGACGGGCCCACCAAAGACACCAAAGACACGACCCUGCCCUUGCCCUCCCGCUGGUUCGGACGGUUCGGACCCCGUCAUGCGCAACACAGAGGGCCGGUUCCGCCGUUGGCCUUCUCUCACCGCUACCGUACACGUGUAAGGCACAGUACUCCGUACAUAUGUAUGUACAAGGACAAGGUAGCAAGGGACAUGGCCCGAACGGCUCAGAACGCCGGAUCUACGAGAUCAACAAAGAUCGGAUCAGUCUCGCAAGUCGCGGCUUGGCGAUGGAUUCAGAAACCCCAUCGUCAUGACUCGUGAUCAGAAUUAGUAUUCACGCUCUGGUAGAGCCCUCCCUGGCUUCUUGUCCUGUCCACAGAUACUUCCAGAAGCAAAAGAAAAACACCACUAAUCUCCCCUGUCCCUGACUCCCUGGACGGUUCACGGACAGUGUCCGAAUGCUCAGCACCAAGGAGUCUGCGGUCAACGUUGUGAGGGGAAGGGGUAAGGUAGGUAGUGGCCGCAGAACAGACAAGUCGGUCAGCAAGA